AUGUCGAUCGAAAUGAGCAGGUUUUCUCUUCAGAGCCCGAAAGACAAAACGCUUAAGCAGAAGCCGCACGGGUGGGAUGCGCCGGAGGACCGGGGGCACAGACCCAGCUCGCGCGCACCGAGCUCGCUCGGGCAGCUCGGCAGGCGUGGCGGACCGGUUCCCACCCCCGGCUCCCCGGCGCCCGGCAUCUCCGAGCGGACGAGGCGUCCCCCCAGAGGAAAGACGGAAAGCCGCAGACGCCCCCCGCAGGAGUCAUCAGCCCCCCGCCCCGCCUCGGGGUCCCGUUCCUCUUGGGCUCCCCCUGACCACUCGGGCGUGCGCUACAGAGAGGCCAGCCGAGCACCAUUAAGACACCAGGCACUCGGGCCCCCAGCAGCAUCCACUGGCCCACCCACUCGAGACCCACAGCCCAGCAGGCCGACCAGGCCGGACGCCGAGGCCUCGCGGUAUCGAGUCUCCGUGCGCCCCGCCUCCUCGCCCUCCAGCUGGCCCCGCCCUCGCUCUCUCACCCCUCCCCCGCUCCCGCCUCGCUUCCCCGACAAUCUCCUCGCGCUCCCGGCCCGGCACGCGCGCUGCGCCCGGCCGCCGCUGUCGCUGCCGCUGCCGCCGCCGCCGCCGCCGUCGCCGCGGAGCGUUCCUCCGCCGUUUAGGGCUUCCAGCUUCGGGCCGGAACCGGAAGUUUAG